GUGCUGGGCCCGUCCUUCGCCUUCCUCCCCAUCGCCCGGGAGGCAACCAUGUCCGGGGUCGGCGAGCCGGGCGGGGCCGUGGCCGCGUACGGCGAGUUCCUCGGCACCGCGUGCGUCGCCGCCCUCUUCGAGAUUGGCUUCGCCCUCCUCCCGCCCCGGCUGAUCGGCAAGGUCUUCCCGCCGAUCGUGUGCGGCGUCGCCAUCACCUGCAUCGGCGCGAGCCUCACGGGCGCAGGCAUCAAGUACUGGGGCGGCGGCGUCUUCUGCAUGGAGAACGACCUCUCCAAGCUCCCCCUCUGGAAAGGCCUCCCCCAGAUGUGCCAGAACGGCGACGUCGACCACCUGGCCGCCGGCGCGCCGGAGCACGUCGGCAUGGGCUUCAUGGUCGUCUGCAUCAUGGUCUUGAUCGAGAUCUUCGGCGCCCCCUUCUGGAAGAACGCCAACGUCGUCAUCUCGCUCCUCCUCGCCUACUUCAUCUCGAUGGGCCUCUCGGUCACGCCCCCGGCAACCGAGGACGACCCGAACCCCGAGCCGCACGACUACGUCAACUUCCGGUUCACAAAGCUCACCGCCGAGGAGACGCCGAUCGUCUUCUUUUGGGUGCGGCGCUUCCCGCUCGGCUUCAACGCGUCCUACCUCCUCCCCUUAAUCCUCGCCUUCUUCGUCUCGACCGCGGAGACGGUUGGCGACAUCGGCGCCACGCUCGACGCGUCCGAGCUGCCGUCGUACGGCCCCGACGCCGACACGCGCCCUGUUUUGGUGGCAUGCGACGCAGGUCUGAUUGGCCCCGUCGGCGGCUUCUUCGCCGACAUCCCGUACCCGAUCGUGGGCGGCAUGGUCACGUUCCUCUUUGCGAACGUCAUGGUCUCGGGCAUCAUCGUGCUCUCCAAGCUCGGCAUCAAGCGCCGCAACCGCAUCAUCCUCUCCUUCUCGCUCGGCAUCGCCCUCGGACCCAACUUUUUCGAGGGCGGCGGGUCUGCCACCUUUGCCGGCGGCUGGCUCAAGAUGAACUACGGCUUCUGGCCGCUGAAGCGAGUCUGCGAGUCGGGCACCGAGGUCUACGACUUGGACAAGGGCCCGGACUGGGUGAUAAGCUGCGAGUUCAACACGGGGCUCAAGUCCCUCCGCCAGGCCGUCCUCCUCGCCCUCAAGACGCCGUACUCCAUCGGCGCCUCUGCAACGAGGGGGUCCUCGACCCCUCUUGCGCUCGCGGCGGGGGACUCGCGCUGGCAAUGCUUGCCCUGCAUGAGCAACGGUGGGUGUAGCUGGGCUGUGGGUAGGUAUUAG